UUAAUUCACAACAAAUACAAACGUUGAUCAACUGAGGAAAUGAGCAGUGGAGGUUGUUUGUGGUCAGGAAGUGUCUCAGUUCAGUAAAAGUCUUUGCAAUGCACAUCCGCCCAUAUGAGUACAGAGAUGUUCACUGAAGGACGCAGCUGAGUCUCUGUUAACUGAAUGUUGGCGUGGGAGGAAACUGUUUCUAAACGUUGAUCUCAAAAUGGACGCCCUGCUCAGAACAGAGGUUAAAGACUGAACUGAACGUCUUAAUCUUAAUGAGAAGACAAUGGAGGGUAUUGUAGACUAUGAGGAAUCUGAGCCUUACCUUGAGGCCAAGCAGUACAUGGAAAGGUUAAAAGAGGAAAAUGAUGAAGUCCAUAUCCAGAGGAUCAAUGAUCCAUGUGAUCUGGCAGAACACAGUUUCUCUUUGACCGUGUACCCCAUCACAGUGCCUUGUGCUCCACUAUCUUACGCUACUGUGCAGUGGGACAUCCCAGAGACGCCAGUAGAUCCUCCUUCGACUGGAUCUGUGAACGAUGUAGACUUCAGUGCCGUAUCAGAGUUCGACUGGACGUUUAAUCUAUCGUCCACAGAUAGUCCGUAUCAGGAAUCCAUCGUUGACUUCUUACCCGAGGCUGAGCAACAGCCAGACGUCACUUUACUAAAUACAUUUGUCUCUUCUCAGGAAUUAGAUCUGCAAACCAACAUGGGAUCUUCAGUUGAAAUGACAGUUGAAGAUUGUGGUGCGAGUGUGACAUCUUCAACAUCUCCAGAGAAUUCUGAGUCGUCUGAGAGCGCUCAGGUCUUUAUGGACACACAAGAGUCAAGCGAUCUAAAAGAGAUUAGUUUGGGUCAGGAGAGGUUACAGUCACCAGAAGAGAUGCAGAUGAAACCACCACAAAUCUUAGAUGUUCCCGAUCUGACCUUGACCCACCAGGAUAGCUUAAAUUCAAGUGCAGAGAUGAAAACUGAAUGGACUGAGAAAAGUACGACUGAAUCCAACGGAGAACCACAUGUAGGAAUCGAUGUUCAGGAGGAAAUAACUUUGACUGAUCAGAUGAAAACACCUGAUGAACCUGUAGAACAGGAGGAGACAGAUUUCCUUACAGACCUCCACCAAUCGGAUCAGUCACAGGACUCCAUCAUUACAGACCGAACCAAUCAAGUGCCAUGCAAUUCAGCUGAACUUGAGCCAAUGGAAGCAAUCAAAACAUCUGUUACAGUGAUCGAGAUGAAUCUAAACGAUGCUUUGAAACACGCAGAAGAUACUGAAGGUGCUCAGGGCUCAGACCAAACACAAUAUGCAGAAGAACCUGUAAGUUCAGUUGAGACACAACUUCCUGAAGGAAUACAAGAAACUGAAAACAGGCCAACAAAACCAUCUGAGAUGGCAGAGACCGAAGCCCCAGAGAAAAUCAGUAGAUCUGAAAAACAUCUGUCAGACGAGCCAGAACAGAUAACGUGUCCAGAUAAGGAAGAGUCCUCCGAGCAAAUGAUAUGUUCGGAUGAGGAGAAACCCGAGCCGUUAGAGAUUAAAUUGCUGGACCCAACAGAAGAAACACAGCAUUCAGAUGAAACAGGACAUCUGGGUGUCCAGAACGGCUCACCGCUGCAGGAGUCUGCUCUCCAGAGAAACGGCAGCGUUAAGGUGCUGGAUCGAGCCGAGGCUCAACGAUUGGCUGAGAGCCUUUACAGAUUGGAUGGUUUUAAACAUACAGAUGUGGUCAGACAUCUGGACAAAGACACCGAGUUCAGCAGGGCUGUUGGGGAAGAGUACCUCAAAUACUUUGACUUCACUGAUCAAAGUCUGGAGCAAGCUUUACGGUCGUUUCUGAAGGAAGUGGUUUUGAUUGGUGAAACUCAGGAGCGAGAACGAGUCUUGCAGCAUUUCUCCUCUCGUUUCCAGCAGUGCAAUCCUGACACGUUCUCCUCGGCCGGAGCCGUCCUUACGCUCACGUGUGCCGUGAUGCUCCUUAACUCAGACCUGCACGGACAAAAUGUUGGCAAACCGAUGUCUCUUGCUGAAUUUGUUUCAAAUCUGGAAGGAAUGAACGCAGGAGAAAAUUUCAACAAAGACUGUCUUAAGAGUCUGUACAACUCCAUCAAGAGUGAUCCGCUGCGCUGGGCCAUAGAAGAUGAUGUUUUGGCCAAAUCCAUGAUGCUCGAUCAGGAUUCAGAGCAGGACGGACCUCUGCGUUCGAAGAGUAACCCUUUCCAGGAUCUUCCUCACAACAAAAAAGCCACUGUGUUCCAGAAAGGCUUCUUGAAACGGAAAGCGCACGCGGACAUCGACGGCAAACGCACUCCUUGGGGGAAACGAAGCUGGAAGACGUUUUAUGCUGUGCUGAAAGGAAUGGUGCUUUAUCUACAGAAGGAUGAGUACCAGAUGGAUUGGCAGAGCUCGGAGGAGGUGGUUAGCGUUCAUCACGCGUUAGCCGAGCAAGCGCUGAAUUACACCAAACGACCUCACGUGUUUCGUCUGCAGACAGCUGACUGGAGGGUUUUUCUCUUCGAGGCCAAUUCCAUAGAGCUGAUGAACUCCUGGAUCGGGCGGAUAAAUCUGGUGUCUGCUUUAUAUUCCUCUCCUCCGUUUCCUGCUGCUGUGGGAUCUCAGAAGAAGUUUUGUCGGCCCAUCCUUCCGGCCUCUCAUUCGAAUCUCACGCUGGACAAACAGCUACAGUCACAUGCAGCCAUGUUAGAAAGCUUUGAGCGGGACCUGAGCGCUGUCCAGCAGGGGCCGCCAGACGGCCGGAAGACUAAAGCCAGAGACUCAGAGGAGCUCAGACAGAGAGAGGAGUAUUUACAGUACGAGAAGUCUCGUUAUGAAGUCUACCUAAAAAUGCUCGAGGCCUGGCAGCCCCUAGAGACGUCUCAGACAUCGGAUGGAGACAAGUCAACGAUGGGAGAUAGACUGAACAUGUUUGACGAGGGAUUGUGGAGAGGAGAGACGGUGGAAGCUGACGGGGUGAUGAAGAGAUCUCUUUCCAGUCCAUCUCUUGAGUUAGAAGCGCCUCCUCAGCCGGUAGUGAAGGUCAGACGUAACAUCUCUGAGAGACGCACCUACAGAAAGAUCGUAAUUCCACGUCGCAACAAAGAACUUUGAGGCAAGGAAAGGCACAAAUAUAAGAAAUGACUGUAGGAUUAUAAGUAUGGUACUAGCACUUGAAGGUUUAUGUCAAAAUUUUAUAUUCUUGUUUUCAUAUGAAGUCUUUUAUUGUGAAGGUUAAAAAAAUCCACAAUGUCUACUUCUCUCAUAAAAUAAUGUUUUUACAUUUUUGCACAAAGUUUGUAACGUCCACAGGCAGGUUACUACUGUAGUUAUUCGUAUUUCUCCGUUCUGACCAUGGCACAUUAAUGAGACUUUAGUUUGGGUGUCGUCAACAGAAACCUGCCGACUGUAAACAGUAUUAUUACUCCUUUGAUGAAGAAAUGUUGUCUGAUCGUUUGGAUAAGUUUGUGUUAAAAAAAAAACAUCCUCUGACAUUGAAUACAACACUUAAAUCUGUUAUGUUCCUCCUCAACUUUUGUUUAAGAUCAUUUAGAAAUGUUAUAUUUUAUUGAUAAAGUUAAUGGCUCUUA